GUUUGCUCCUGCUUGGCCCAGCCAGCUGACGCGUGCCACCGACCCUUUCCUUUUCCCAACGUCUCCUCUCGACUUUCUCUCUCUCUCUCUCGCCAACGCCUUCCUGUUGAAUUACGCUUGCGCUUGUGCGACCACGCCACAACAGUCACGCCAGCCCGACACCCCGUCGCCGAUGCUCCUGGCCUCCCCUUGUCCCGAUCUACGACUUAUCCUGCUGUUGCGUCUUUGCCAGUAGCAGCAGCAGCAGCAGCAAUCCGUGAGUUUACUCGAGGCGACCCCGCCGGCGCCGACAAGCGAAAAUUGUUUUCGCACGACACAACUCCAACGGGUUUUCGCUGACACCUCUUGCUUCUGUAGCCUUUCGCGCUAGUGCCUGCUUCGCGCCCGCCGACCUGCACACGCCGACCUCUUCUCUUUGUGUGUCUCUCUCUCUCGCGCGCACGGGGAAUGCCAAGGCUCUUCCUCCCUCCUGUCGGCUGUAUCUACAAUGCAGCCCCGAGCGGCUUCCUCAGAGAGAAGGAGGAGGACUGUUCUGAUGCGAUGACAGCAGUGACGACUUUGGCCGAAUGCUGGCUCAAAGCGCUGCUAACGCUGGUGGCUUUGGCGCUGUCGGCCAACGCUAUCGUGGGCCCGUCCGUGCGCUGGCGUCCGGUCUUCGUCUCCGCUCUUCUCGUGGCGAUCGUAGUUCUCGAGUACUACUACCUGUUCUUCGCAAUGGUCAAAAUUCCCAGAGAUUGGGCUUCGAGGAGGGGAGUGUCGAUCGAGAGAUGGGACUGCCUGCAGAGUACCAAGGGAGGGAAGAGGGCGGACGGCUCCGGCAGCUCAUUCGACAUCAACCCGUGUUUCUGCCCCUUCGGCGCCUUCUGCAAGAACUUGACCUCAGGCGAAUGGGUCGACCCGUCGGUGUGCCCCAAGGAUGGGACGGCUCUCUGCUGGGACAUCAACCAUACACCGGUGGACUUGUACAUAAAGAGCACGCGGGAUUGCACUGCCGCUCAGGGUCCAAGUUGCUCCUUGGACGCGCCAUGCACUCCUUGCGGUCUCGACACCUUAGAGGGGUAUAUCAAGGCGAGCGGGGGUAACGCGAACAGCAACAACGCUACCGAUGGGGUGUCGAGAUGUCGCAGCUGCGGGGCGGGCAACAGCGGCGCCUGCAGCUUCGUUCUCGGGGAGGGGCCCUACUGCUGGAAGGAGCCGGGGUCCCGGGAGGUGGAGCCGUGCUCGGUCUGCUGCACAAAGCCGGAGGCCUUGUACCUGAAUGGCACGUGCUACUGAUGAUAAUGGUGAUGACGACGGUCAUGAUCAUGAUGGCCGUGCACCAUGGCGGUCGGAAUAUCGAUCACGGGAUGGUUUCAGCUGGUUUUGAUGCAGCGCUCGAUAGCUGGGGACCGCGCUUAUUCUGAGGAACAACUGUAAACAAUGCGCAAACAGAGCAGAAGGGGGAAGUGCUUCCUUCUUGUUUACCACCGGACGGAGUAUUCAUGAGACUUGCGACUUAUCAAGUGUUCUAGUAAGACAGACAGACAUGCCACCCUUUUGCUGGACACACACGGCGGGAUAGAGCGAGGGAGCGGCACGUGGUAUUGUAUGUGGUAUAAAAUUGGAGUUUUUUUGUUUGUUUUUCUCCCAUCAUUGGAUUCUGUCGUCUGCCCCUCUGGUCCAUAUCCUCCACUUCUACCAGCUAGACGACCCAACCGGGGUCACACAGGAGCGGGGGGUUAGACCCCCUCCUGCGGUUCCUGCCUGAGAUAUUUUUAUCACGAGAAGGGUACAGCAAUCCCUUCCCUCGCGACUUAUGAAGUCGAUCGAGUUUACUAACAACAAGCUUUGCAGCGCGUCCCCUUCAUCCUAGACCAGGAUUUAAUAAGCGAGAAAAAAACUCACUCUGUCGGGACUCGAACCCAUGACCUGCCUUAGCAGGCUACGAGACUACCCAGUAGACCACCGGGGCGACCGGUGUUGUGUACCAAGCUUGUUCUUUUUAUUUUUUCUGGACGUAUCAUGCGUUCUGUCGUAUAGUAGAAUAAUUACACUUUGUGGUCGGGGUCACACAAGAAAAAUAAACGUUGACACACACGUUUUUGUUAUCGCUGUUCCUUUUUGGUGCUGCUUGUCUUACAACGUGCGGUCAUCAGCCACGCAUGCUCGAUGGUGACGAUUAUUGGAGAAACCAAGUUGUAGUGCCCGCAUUUGUUGGUCCACACGCGGGUACCACCGCCGAAUUCUGACAGACGGAAAACCAUUGACCGGCGGGCACAUCAUGCCUCUCAGAAUGUUGCGCACACACCACGGGC